AUGGCCGACAACUCAAACCCCGGAAACUUCGCCAAUCGCUCUAAGGAGGAAGUGCAAAAUAUUGCCAGCCAGGGAGGCCAAUCUAGCCACAGGAGCGGAUUUGCCAGCAUGAACUCAGACAAGCAGAGAGACAUCGCCUCCCAGGGUGGUAAAGCCUCUAGCGGCAGUUUCGAACCCGGAGACCCUAGAGCUCGAGAGGCGGGAAAGAAAGGCGGUUCGGUUCGCGAUGCACCGGAAGAGUAA